AUGGAAAUCUUUAGGGCCGCAUUUUAUAAAUCUGGAUUAUAUCAUCUUAAACCCAAGAAAUCAGCAGCAGUAGUAUUUAUUUUAUUUGGUUUUGGUUUUGUUUAUGGUUUCAAAAAAAAAUAUGAUCAUAUAUAAAGAUAAUCACAAAUAAAAAAAAGUAACAUUGAUGAGAAUGUUCCAGAACCAGAAAUAUAACCAUAACCAUAACCUUAACCAUAACCAAAACCACCAUCGAGAAUUCAACUUGUAGAUAUUAAAAAAAGCGAAUUGCUAGAAUAAAUUUAUAAUGAAACAUUAAGAGCUAGAGAUGUGCCUGAAGAAUUCAAACCAUUUAUAGGUGAUUAAAAAGGUCAAGAUUAUUUACUUGAAGAAUAUGGCUUGAAUAAUUAACAAGUCAAAUAACAAUUAUAAACUCUUUUGAAUGGUAUGAGAAGAGCAAGAGGAGAUGGUAAUUGUUUUUACACAUCUUUUGGAUUUCAAUACCUAAGGCAUAUGUUUACAAAAGCAUCAGAUUAACAAUUCGAAGAAUUUAUCAAAAUGAUUUAAUCGCUUCCUUUUUCAGUAAUACACUCUGAACAAUUGUACGAAUAAAAUGAGGAAAUGUGUUAAAAAUUUCUUAAUUACUGUGAAUAUCUGAGAACUGUAGAGUUAGAAUAAAGAGAGCAAGAAUUCUUACGACUAUUUUCAAAUCCUGAAGAAUAAUUCUAUGGUUUAUGUAUAAUAUUUCUCAGAAAUUUAAUAUAUAAAUUUUGCUUUGAGGAUGAGGAAACUAAAAAUAUAUUUGAAGCAUUCGACUUGGAUUUAUAAAAACAAAUUUUGACUUGGGAAUAUGAUUGUGAAAAUAAUCAAUCGGUUAUUAAUAUAUUGACGAGAAAACUACAUAUCGAUAUCAUUUUGUAUUUUAUAGAUGAGGAUAGUCGAAAAUUAUAAGUUUAAGAAUAUAAAAUUGGAAAUGCGUAGACUUUGCUUGAAAUACAUAUAAUAUUUAGGCCUGGUCAUUAUAAUGUGGCUAUCCCUAAUCAAUGA